UGCUGCUCUCCUCCCCAGAGGACAGAGGAGACACCUGUCGCAGGAUGCUGCUCACUUCUCUGUCUGCUCCAAAGAGAGAGAGAGAGACCUGCUCAGCAUUGACAAGGCACGAAAAUGAGAGGCUUCUUGCUCGGACUGUUUUGCUUUUUCUGCGUGCACGAAUCUCUUCGGGCGGAAUCCACCUGCAAGCUGAAGGCCAAGUUCAACCUGAGCGGCUACAAGAAUGUGGAGAAGAAGCGGGUCGUGAUCGGGGGGAUGUUUCCUGUCCACAUGCGCGUUGCUUCCAGCGACGGCAACACUUCGGCCCUGCCCGCCUCCUCGGGGUGUGAUGGGUUCAAUUUCCGUACUUUCCGCUGGGCACAGACCAUGCUGUUCGCCAUCAAUGAAAUCAACCAAAGGGAGGACCUGCUGCCCAACACUGACCUGGGUUACGUCAUCUAUGACUCCUGCUUCACCAUCUCUAAGGCCGUGGAGGGAACCCUGACCUACCUGACGGGGCAAGAUGAAGCGGUACCCAACUACCGCUGUGGCGAUGGGCCACCUCUCGCUUCUCUGGUGGGUGCUGGAGGCUCUGAUCUGUCCAUCGCCACAGCCAGGAUACUGGGGCUUUAUCACUUCCCACAGGUCAGCUACUCCUCAACGUGUUCUGCACUGAAUAACAAGUUCCAGUUCCCCACCUUCUUAAGGACCAUUCCUAACGACCUGCACCAGUCCAGAGCCAUGGCCCAAAUGGUGCUCCACUUUGGCUGGACCUGGGUGGGCACCAUCGCUGCCGAAGACGAUUAUGGCAAAUACGGCAUCAAGGACUUCAAGGAGCAGGUGGAGGAAGCUGGAGUCUGCAUCUCCUUCUCGGAAACUCUGCCUAAGGUGAGCUCACCAGAGGCCAUCCAGAGCAUCGUUCAAACCAUAGUUGAGUCCACAGCCAAGAUCAUCGUGGUCUUCUCGUCAGACGUGGACUUUAGCCCUCUCAUCGGCGAGCUUCUCCGCCACAACGUGACGAACCGGACCUGGAUCGCUAGCGAGGCCUGGGUCACCUCGGCCCUCAUCAAUCAGCCUGGGGUGAACUCGAUCCUGUCUGGUACGCUUGGCUUCGGGGUGAAAAAGGCUGACAUCCCUGGUCUUCAGCGCCAUCUGCUGGAUCUGGAUCCCUAUGCAGAUGCCGUCACAGAGGAGUUCUGGGAGACGCUGUUCAACUGCACACUGGACUAUAAGAAAGCGAUGAGAAUGGCCAAAGAGGUGAACGGCACUCUAUCCAGAGCGGGGAGGGGGCUACCAGAUGGUCUGUGUACCGGCAGUGAGUCUGUGGCUCAGCUCAAUAAUACCUACUCUGAUGUCUCCCAGUUACGAAUCACUUACAGUGUUUACAAGGCAGUGUACGCCGUGGCCCACGCCUUGCACAACCUGGAGCACUGCGUGGAAGGGAACGGCCCCUUUGUUGGAGGCAGCUGCACCAACAUGACCAACUUUGAGCCUUGGCAGCUGAUGUACUAUGUGAAGAACGUGCGUUACAAGAUGCCCAACACCGGGGAGGAGAUCUACUUUGAAGACGGCGACAUCGAGGCCUUCUAUGACAUCAUUAACUGGCAGGUCAACGGGAAUGGAGAGAUAUCCUACGUCACCGUGGGACACUACAACGGAUCUGCCGCGCCGGAGGAGAGGAUGCACAUCAGGAACGAGUCCAUUGUGUGGAACAACGAAGAACUGGAGCCUCCUCGCUCAGUGUGCAGCGAGAACUGCCAGCCCGGCACCAGGAAGGGGAUCCGGCAGGGGGAGCCGGUCUGUUGUUUCGACUGCAUCCCAUGCGCUGACGGAGAAAUCAGUAACACCACAAAUGCCCGUGAAUGCAUCCUGUGUACUGGGGAUGACUGGUCUAACCAAGCCCACGAUGCCUGUGUGCCUAAAAUCAUUGAGUUCCUGGCCUUUGGAGAACCGCUGGGUAUCACACUGAUAGUCAUCUCUGCCUUUGGAGCUUUAAUAACCAUAGGUGUUGGGGUGGUGUUAUUUAUGUACAUAAGAACUCCUCUGGUCAAAGCCAAUGACCCCCUGUUGAGUUUCUUGCUGCUCUUGUCUCUCGUUGUAACCUUCCUCUGCUCCAUCGUCUUCCUCGGAGAGCCACAAAACUGGAGCUGCAUGACCAGCCAAGUAGCUUUAGCUCUUGGCUUUGCCCUGUGCCUUUCUUGCAUUAUGGGCAAGGCAGCUGUGCUGAUGCUCAGAGCCCGAGCUCUGAAAAAGGCCAGAGUCAAAGCCAAGGCAGCUGCCAAAGCUGCAAAAGCUGCAGCCGAAGCAGCAGCUAACAGCGGCAGUCCUGACGUGAUAUUUACCAGCCCGGCCAACAAUGAUCCAGGCGCUUUGGAUAAGCCCGAAGUUGACGUUCUCACCUUUGGCCACCAGAGGGCGAUGGCUGCUGUGGCAACAUUAAUACAGGCUGUGGCGUGCACUGUUUGGCUCAUCAUCCUCCCGCCACACCCGGUCAAGAACACCGCUGCCCAGAAUAUAAAGAUCAUCCUGGAGUGUGACGAAGGCUCUGUGGUCUUCAUCUGUUGCAUCUUCGCCUAUGACAUCCUGCUGGCUCUGCUGGCUUUCGUCUUUGCCUUUAUAGCCCGCAAACUGGAAGACCACUUCAGUGAAGCCAAGUGUUUUACUUUUGGCAUGCUGGUCUUCUUCAUCGUCUGGAUCUCCUUUGUUCCGGCUUACCUCAGCACCAGAGGAAAGUUCAUGGUCGCUGUGCAGAUCUUUGCCAUCCUAGCCUCCAGCUUCGGCCUGCUCACCUGCAUCUUCCUCCCCAAGUGUUACAUUCUCCUGCUCAAACCCGAUCGCAACAAGGAGGAAAUGAUGAAGCCCAGGCCCAAACCCAAAGAUGGCACCUCCACCGGCACGUCCGCAUCUCUCGCUACAGCUGCUACGGAUGUCAACACAUCCUUUGCUUCCACGGCUAUUGAUGAACUGCCGGGAAACUGAGAUGAGCCACAAAGAUAUGUAAUAUCAAUAUUGAGUUGGUCUUCCUAUUCUAGUUGCCCAGGUUUUCAAUUAGACGAAAGCAUUCUUAAAUUAUAUUGCACAACGAAAUGAAUAUUUAUUUAAAAUUAAAGCUGCUGUGAUAUUUGCUUAGGCAACAAAGAGACUUGUUCCUUCUACUGUCGUCCAACUCCUGCUGUUUAAAUGCAGCUUAUUUAAAUUUAAUGUAAUGUUUACCUCUCUCGUUCUUUUUAAAUUUAGGUUUUACUGCAAAACUGUUCAAAACUAAAACUAGAUGCUUUAAUUUAUGUUUUAAGAUUCGGAAAAGAUAUGUUCACUAAAGAGUCUGACUUUACAUUACUUGAAUAACCUCUGUAUGUUUUACAGUUUAGCGUUACUGUUACUUAUACUUUAGUUACUUAUAAUGUAAUACAAUGUAUUCAUAAUCAUUGUAAUGGUAUGUGUUUUUAUCAAAAGCAAUAAAUAAGUU